UUACGCAGAUCAAACAUCAAGUAAUCGUGACGAUACGGGACGAAUAAACUUUUAUAAUAACAACACUCUACUGUUAGUUUGAUAAAUAAUAUCGUACGGUGAACACAGCAUGACGGAUCCAGGGAAAAAGGAAAAAGUUGAGGAGAAGCCAUUAAAAGAAAAAGAAAUAAAUAAUAUUAAUGAAAACGAAAGCUUUAUAAGCAAACUAUGUCGGCUAAGAUCCAGCAUCACCGUAGAGCCCAUAUUAGCGGGACUAAUCAUACCUUCUAUGUUAGCCAGAUUGGCAAUACAGAACCUUAAUUUAGACAAGACGUGCCGAGUGAAAUUGAACUUUAAUGAAAGUAUAUGUGACGCGUUGAUUGACAGGCGAGGGAAUUUCACUGAAUACGAAGGUGACAUCCAGAAGAUUAUAUCGAACAUUGAAUCAUGGAAGAGUGUGAUACAGACAUCGAUACCGACGCUCCUGGUCAUAUUCAUGGGAGCUUGGAGCGACAGAACUGGGAACAGAAAAGUGUGUAUCUUGAUGCCGAUUUUUGGAGAGUUCAUGGUGUGUGUCAGCAACCUGCUCAGCACUUUCUUCUUCAAUGACAUCGGUGUAGAAGUGACAAUGUUCUUCGAGGCUAUAUUCCCAGCAAUCACAGGCGGUUGGGUCAUGGUUUAUCUAGGUGUCUUCAGUUACAUCAGUGAUAUUACUGACGAAGAAUCCAGAACCUUCCGAGUCGGACUUGUGAAUCUGUGCAUGACUGCCGGAAUACCUAUAGGCACAGCUUUAAGUGGAAUUCUGUUGAAGCUUUUGGGAUAUUAUGGAAUAUUUAUCAUUUCGGGAACUAUAUACAUGGUGACGUUUUCUUAUGGAUUCUUCUAUUUGAAGAGUAACACUAAGCCACGUGCUGAUAAAGAUGAAAAGGUGGAACCAGUAACUUGCUCUGACAUGGUGACAUUGAUCAAAGAAACAGGAGAAGUGGCAGUCAAGAAGAGGGAGUCAAACUUCAGAAAGAAAAUAAUAUUGACUCUUCUAGUUGUUGGCAUAGUUUAUGGACCUAAUCAUGGUGAACGCAUUAUCACUUACAUGUAUUUGAGAUACAAAUUGAAGUGGGACGCCAUCAAAUACAGCUUGUACUCAACCUAUAGCAUCAUUACGCAUUCCUUGGGUGCAUUAUUUUCCAUCAGCGUGUUCAGCAAGCGAUGGGGUUUCCACGACUCGAUGCUGUGCCUCAUCUCCAUCGUCAGCAAGCUGGCUGGCUCCAUCAUCAUGCCCUUCGUGCAGACUGACCUUCAUAUGUUUAUGAUUCCAUUAAUUGAGAUCUUGAACGCGACUACAUUCACCUCGCUGAGGUCGAUGGCAUCGAAACUGGUACCGAGUGAAGAAAUGGGUAAAAUGAACUCGCUGUUCAGUCUGGUGGAGACGCUGGCGGCGCUGAUGUUCGACCCGACGUACUCCAAGCUGUACUCCAACACCAUCACCGUGUUCAGUGGCGCUGUGUUCGUGUUCAGCUCUAUAAUGACACUGCCUGCCAUCUGCAUACUCGUAUGGUUUUUUGUUCAGCACAGAAGAGAAACCGCAGACGCAAGACGACACAAAGCCAAAGAUGUGGAGACUGUUUACGAAGCUGUACCACAACAAGAAAAAGUUGAAAAAGAAUAAUAAAGUUUUUCUAUACAAA